CCUUGUCAGUACGAAAGAAAACAAGCGGACAAACGACACGUCUCUGGCAAUUGCGCAAUAACCCAACCCUUUAUUUUGCUACGUUGGAAUAUAUUUACAAGUAUUUUGCUUUCUUAUUUGUAGACCCACGGAAUAAGACUACCAUGGACGAAGAUGAUGUUCUAACCACCCUGAAAAUUCUUAUUAUUGGAGAAAGUGGAGUAGGGAAAUCGAGUUUACUCCUCCGAUUCACAGAUGAUACAUUUGAUCCCGAGCAAGCAGCUACAAUAGGAGUGGACUUCAAAGUGAAAACUCUUACUGUAGAUGGCAAUAAAGCUAAACUUGCUAUAUGGGACACAGCAGGACAAGAGAGAUUCCGCACAUUAACCCCAAGCUACUACCGAGGAGCUCAGGGGGUCAUUCUGGUAUAUGAUGUCAGCAAUCAGAUGACCUUUGACCGGUUAGGUCAGUGGUUGAAUGAACUUGAUACAUACUCAACUAAAGCAGAUAUUAUUAAGAUGCUGGUCGGAAACAAGAUAGACAAGGAGAAAAGAGAAGUAUCUCGAGAGCAGGGCCUAAAGUUUGCCAGGAAACAUUCUUGCCUCUUUAUCGAAUGCAGCGCCAAAACAAGAGAUGGUGUACAAUGUGCUUUUGAGGAGCUUGUAGAAAAGAUCAUUCAGACACCGGGUCUAUGGGAGAACGACACGAGGCAAAGAGGGUUUGGAGUCGGUCAACAAGGGCAGCCCAACCAAGGUGCAUGCAGCGGUUACUGCAGUCUAAUAUGAAACAGAAUGGCCGCUGGAUGAAUCCCUCCAAGGGAUUCAAAGACUCUCGAAGAUAAUCAUGAUGAUUCUAUGAUAUAUGUCAUCAAGUGAUGUGAGCUAUUCAUCAGACUGCAAUUCCAAUGGACUUGGCAUUACAUGGGUUGUCUGAGGAAUACCCCAUGCAGCAGUAGGAGAUGGCUUGCUCUGUAUAAUUGUGUUAUCGCAGAAACUCAAUGUGUACCAAGGUCCCUGGGACCAUUGAAAUUAUGUUGUUGAAGCAAGAAUUUGUCUCCCAGCAUUAAGAAUUAAAACCAACAAGCAAAAUGAAAGAAAGAGUCAAGACCAGAGCCCUGUUUCAUAAAACCUGUUAUCAAAUUUACUCUAGACCAAUCAAAUUUCAGGAUUUCAGUAGUUUCUGACAGGAAGUUGUGACACGUUUUCUGAAACAAGGCCUCUGAAUAGUACAUUACCUUCUCAAGUCAAGAAAUGCACAUCAGGGGAGUGUUUCAUGUAUCACCUUGUCUGUGAUUUUUCACAGACAAAUGUACUCUCAGCCAAUCAGAUGCAAGGAUUUCAGUAGCUUACAACAGUUUUAAGUGAAAGUCAUGACAAUAUGAAAUGCUCCUCUGAUAUAUGUGUUUCCUCUGUACAUAUUUAUUGAUCUCACUCUAAGAUCUAUUAUAUAGUAGUAUCUUGAAUUGAUUGAGUAUUGUUCCCCUUACAUAUAUGAAUGAAAUUAGAUCUCACUUGUGAAACCAGCAAUCCAGUUAUUUAAAACAAUGUAACAUUUUUAACCGAGUUUGCCACACUUUGCUCAGCCAUUAUCCAUAGUUAUUUGUAGUUUUAACUUGGUACACCUUACUAAAAGUGGGCUAAUGUCUGACAAAAUCAUUUUGAGCUCCAUGAAAUGCCAGAAAUUUUACAUUCUCUCUGAGUCAUCUUUGUGAAGUGACUUCAGUAUUGUAUCAUAUCUAUAUGUGAGUAGAAAUAGAUAACAUGGCUAUCCACCCUCUCUACAUACAUGUACAUGUAUAAUGUACAUUAAGUAAUCUUCUUGAUGAACAAAACUUACGUCUCUCUCUAGCUCUAUUCACAGGAAACUCCAGAUGGCAAAUUGCACUGAUUAAUUGAUUUCCAAGAGGUUUCUAUUUUCCUGAUGCAUUCAUGUGUCAUUGAAAUCAAGGAAAUCUCAUGAUGUUCCUUGGGUCAACAACAUUACCUUAAGUCAUUCAAAUGUUUAUCAAGAAUCCCAUUAUGUAGAUAAACUUAAAGACUAUAUCCUUUGAGGAAACACAUUUUACAUUUUGCAGAUGUAUGAAAGCAUGCAUCGUACAUCACCAAUCUGCUACCAUCUUUUACAAAAUUGCUUCAAAUUCUAAUUCAUUUGUCAUACAAAAAGAUAAUAAAUAAAUAAUAUGUUCCUUUAUUUCCUAUUCCUUGUAUUUAAUCCUAUCUAGGCUGGGGUAUUUUGGGAGAUCAUAUGGGGGGGGGGGCUCGCAGGCCGCUCCCCCUUGAGAUCUUGGCUGUCGACCGCACGAUUGUGCCAAAAAUUGGCACGCAGGUUGUCUAGGACAUAAUCUACAAAAUUGUAUGGUAGUUUAUUUCAUGCAAAUUGCUAUUAAUUGAUUAUGCUAAUUUAUACAUAAUUAGAAUGCAAAAAUCAUACUUUUCCUUUAACUUCCUUAAGCUCCAAAUGUUCCAAUUUAUGGUGUAGAAACUCUUUGUGGUAUUAGCAGCCAAUGCACAUGAAAAAAACUGAGAUAUCGGAUAAAUUUCUUAUGUGUUAUAUUUUUUUUUUUUUUCAAUUUCUUAUGUAUUUCUUUUUUCUUUAAUUUUUUUACCUUUUGUUUUUCAUUAUUUUUGAUGAACUUUGUUGGGGACUCUUUUGAGAGCAUAAACAGCAUAAAAUAAAUCCAUUUAGACCAUUUAAACUAAUAAUAAUAAUCAUUCAUUUAUGAUUUUUAGUUGAAAACACAAUUUGCAUUGACUUUGUACCCAAAAUCAUGUUUUUGAGCAAUUUUUUGGUCUGACAUGCACUUACGUAAUGUUGCGUAAUUUCGGAACUGCGUAUCUGGACAUCACAAAUUUGGUCUCAAAUCAGCAAGCAGGGCGGUAAAAAAAUUUCGUGCGGCGAAAAUAAUGCGCGACUCGUUGAGGGGGGCUCCGAGCACCCCCCCCCCCAGCCUAGAUAGGGUGAAUGGAUUCAAAAAAAUUUUCAAUGGCUCUUUCAGCCUGUGUAAAGUUAUAAUGGUAUUAUAUUUUUGUUUACAUGUAGGUUAAUGUAGAUACUAUCUCUUCAUAUAUACAGAUGCAACUGAAGCAUUUCCUUGUCUUUUAUUUUUUUACAACUGAAAUGCUAAGUUCAAAGACCAGCUUUGUGUGAGGUCUUCUGCGAAAUCACAGGCAUUGUGUAUAGGGGGAUAGGAUGUGAUGCAUGCAUGAGAAAGAGAUUUGAGGGACGAGCAAGAGUCCCUAAUGAGGGAGUCUCUAAUGCUUAAGACUUGGCAUGUCUGUCGCAGUAUUCUAAAUGCCAGAGUUACACAUAAAUAAAAAGUAGAAAUACUAGUAGUAAAAUGAAAUAAAGAAUGCUGGUUAUGGCUUGUACUUUGCAUUGUAUUAUCAAUGUUGUAUAUUUUUCCAUUCCCAAGUACACAUAGUUCAAUUUCAACUGUUCAUUAAACUCUUUAGAUCGGCUUUGAGAUGGGUGAAAAUUAUUAACCUGUGCAGGGAAAGGAAAGUCACAUUUCAUGCAUAUAUUAGCAUAAUUAUCACAAUUUAAAAACCUUAUUUGAUGCUUAAUAAACCCCCAACCCCCCCCCCCCAUUCUUUUUAGAAAUCAACAUACAUGUAGCCUAGUCCCGGAUUUACAUUUACAGCUAAAUCAUUGCCUACUGUAACCAGACAGUCCCUUACAAAUUGUGUGGGUAGCAGAGGAAGGAUUGAAUUUUGUAUUUCUUUGCUUCAAAUAUAAAUAGAUAUACAAUAACCACUGUAACGGUAAUCAAAUUUAUACAUGUAAAUGUAUACUGCAUAUCAUCCACAACUCAUUGUAUUGUUGGUAAUCUCUCAAAUCCUCUAAAAUGGCUUGAAAUUGGUCAUCAAAUUUCAUUAAUUGACUCAGUUAGGCUCAACAACAAUGUUAAAGGCAGUGUUAGUGUUGGAAGUUUGCUCGGGAUUUAUUUUGGUAAUCAUUUUACUUUUAAUAUGUCAUAAUCAUAUGUUUUUAUUGUCUUCCAUGAUUGCCCCUGAUAAAAGAUAGUUUGUUUAUUUUGAGAUCAUCUCAGCCAGUUGCCGAAUUGUGAUUGAUUGCACUGAAAUGAAAGUUAGUUGAAGUUUUCAUGCAAAAUAUGAAAACUCUUAGUCUUUGUUCAUCUGAAUUACAACUAUACUUGACCUUGAUUUGUAACUUUAUAAGUGAUUUAUUUACUCCUUUAAAAUAUGAGAUUGUAGAGGGAAUAGAUUUUUUUAUUGCAAUCAAUUUGAAAGACUUUAUGGAGAGCCUCAAUAGAAGUCAUAUUGAUCACAUGUCAAGUAUGUCUCUAAAGAAUUCAUGUUGUACAGAUUUGAUGUUGACUGUUGAUAUAUCGAAGUAUAAUUUCUCCUAUCUUACAAAUUGUAAGGCAACUCCAUUUAAACAUUGCAAAACUUCUCAUAGUCAUGCAUUUAUGCAGUUGAAAGUGUUACUGCACAACACAUCUCUGCCUUUAUUGUCUAUUGUACUUGUAUCCACCUAUGUACAUCAAAUUGGUUAAAAUCAUCUUGAUUUAAAGUUAGACUUUUAUCUUUAAGCAUAAAUGUAGUACAAUUAGCAAUUAGCAAACCAUGUACAAGAAAUUACAAUCAAUUGUUUGGAAAUAGUAAUUGUAUUUUCUAGAUAUGUUGCAUCCUCUGCUUUUGUUGAAAUAUGCAAAUGUUGGUUACCAUUCAUGUUUUUAGUAAAAUACCAAUGUUUUGCAACAAUUUGAUCAAUAUAGUUUGUAAACUAUCGUGAUUUUGUACUAAUGUAUGUUUUAAUGUAAAACAACUAAAAAUGGAGCUUGUUAACUGGCACAUCAGACAUACUCCAAGCUGCUUUAGAAAAUGCCUCAGACAAGCAAAUCCUGAUGUGAUGAAAUCAUAAGUAUGCUUGAUAAAACUCAGUUCUAAUAUCACUACAAUCUUUUUGUUAACAAAUUUUUUCGGCAUUACUCCUAUUUGUUUAAGAUCAGUAUGCUCGAUCUGUAAUGAAAAUCAUAAGAUCAGUAUGCUCGGUCUGUAAUGAAAAUCAUAAGAUCAUAAGUUAACAAAUUUGUUAACAAAUUAUAAUUUCCUCCUAUAAAAGCCUAUUAAUUUACUAUCACUACAAUCCUUUUCUUUUUUAUCCUGACAUGCCCACAGCUAGUUUGCUGUGCAAACCCUUCACUCAAGGUAAGUGGUCUGAAUAAAGCACCCUAAACUACCUGGCAGUGACUAGUGCACAGAAGGUCCUCAUAUGUCAAGACACACUUGUUGAUCAAAGUUUCAAUGAAGGUCUGUGCAUGCAGACUAACCCAUGGCCUUCCUCAUUCUUGUUUCUGAUAUGGUUGGGCAAUCGACCUGUGAAAGGAGUUGUUUCAUUGGUCAUCAAUGGAAUGAAUAUUAGGUUGUCAAAUGACCUCCCCAUUUCUUGAUGUAUAUACAAUUAUUCAUGUCAGGGCUCCGUAUUAACCCAAAGCUUAGCAUUUGGUCAAAGAGCUGACUUUACACAUGACAACAUUGAUCAUUCUGUUCAGUUAUUCAAGUGUAAAAUCAACUGUAUGACCAAUCCCAAAGGCCUUUGUAAUGGUCACUUGGCUGAUUUAUUUUUCUUUCUUUUACAGGCCCUGCAUGUCGAUUUGUGUGUAUAAAAGUAUUGUUGCAUUACAAGCCAUGUAAAUGUAGGCUUUUAAAAGUUUAUAUGAAUUAUUGAUAGAUUAAACUUCACACCAAAUUUGACAACAAACAUCAGGGAGUGUUUCAUGCAAAGUUUUUGUCAGUGACUUUCACAGACAUGUUAUAAGCUACUGAAAUCCUUGCAUCUGAUUGGCUGAGAGCAAAUGAGUCGGGGGAAAUUCACAGACAAAUCUGGUCAUGAAACGCUUCCCAAUGAGUCAGAUCCUCUCAAGUAUGGCUUCCACACUGAUCGCUAGAAUAAAGCUUUUUGUAAUUUAUGACCCGUCAGAUAUUUAUGUAGACCUGCAUUUAUUGAUGUCCAGAGAAUAUACAUAUAACCAGAGCCCCGUCUUACAAAGAGUUACGAUUGAUCCGAUCAAUCGUAAAUAUGGAAAGCCAGCAAUGUCUACAUAUCUAAAAUGCAUGUUCAAAAUAUUUUCUAGAUGUGACGAAUAAUCAUGCAUCCAUUGUUUUCUUGAAAAUUCAGUGUGCUUCUCUUUCUUUACAAAGGGCAUUUUUCAAAUUUCCUAGAGAUAAUAUCGUGACAUUGUUGGAUUUCCAUAUAUUUAAAGUUGAUCAGGUCAAUUGUAACUCUUUGUAAGACGGGGCCCAGAAAUUUAGAAGAUAUAGUAUGCUGAUGUUGAUCCAUGUUCUUGGUAGUUUCAAUGUAUAAAUUUAAAAUUAAUAUUAAAUGAAUUAAAUGAUUAUUAUGUAAAUAUA